CUCCGUCUCUGGAAGCUUGCUAGAAUCUCUGCUACUGAUGAGCAUAUAUUCUCAGAAAGGCAACUGGUUGGCAUUUUGGAGGAGUAAGAAUGGAAGAAAAUAGAGAGGGCCAUGGCCUUGCAGAAAGCAAGAUUUUGUCUCUCUGGAUGAUUUUGUUUGUGACUUUAGUUUUGUUGCCUUCAAUAUUCCGAGUGUCCUUGGGAAUUUCUCAUUUUUAUGUGAAAUGUGUAGUAAAAAUAUUAGAGUGGGCCACCCUGCAGAUUGAGGAGGGAGUAAAAAAGCAGAAGACGUUGGCACUUGAAAAUUUAAUCUCCACUGGCAUCAUCCAGAGAGAUGAAACUCCCAUGGAAGAGGAGAUUGCUGGCUGGCGCCAAGGAUCCUUCAGCCUUGCCGAUGUUAUGUACUUCUCCAAGAAGGGGUGCGAGGCAGUUGCAGAAGAUGAAGUCACUCGGCGGUUCUCCUCUGAGGAGCUGGUGUCCUGGAACCUCCUCAGCAGAACCAAUGCCAACUUGCACCGUGUCAGCUGGCAACUGACUGUUGUGUGGGUCAUUGGGAUCCUAAUUCGGUAUUGUCUCCUGCUGCCUUUUCGCGUCUGCUUGUCUGUUUUCAACAUCCUAUUGCUGGUGUUGGCCACUACAGUAGUAGGACAAUUUCCAAAUGGCAGAGUUAAAGGCUGGUUGAGCAACCAGGUUCAGAUGAUAUGUGCCACACUAGGUGUCCGAAGUCUGAGUGGUCUUGUUCAUUUCCACAACAGGGAAAACAGACCACAGCAAGGAGGCAUCUGUGUAGCCAACCACACAUCUCCAUUAGAUGUCCUAAUCCUGGCCAGUGAUGGAUGCUAUUCCUUGGUUGGCCAGGUGCAUGGAGGGCUUAUAGGACUUAUUCAGAAGUCUUGCAUGAAGACCUCUCAGCAUGUCUUAUUUGAACGCUCGGAAAUGAAAGACCGUCAUCUGGUGAGGAAAAAAAUUAGAGAACACAUUGCAGAUAAGGCCAAAUUACCCAUUUUAAUUUUCCCAGAAGGUACCUGCAUUAACAACACAUCAGUAAUGAUGUUUAAGAAGGGAAGCUUUGAGGUAGGAGGGACCAUCCAUCCAGUAGCAAUCAAGUAUGACCCCCGCUUUGGAGAUGCCUUCUGGAACAGCACAAAGCAUUCUAUGAUGACCUAUGCUUUCAAUGUGUUGACCAGCUGGGCUAUUGUCUGUAAUGUGUGGUACCUGCCACCGAUGGUCCAAGAAGAAGAAGAAGAUGCUGUUCACUUUGCCAACAGAGUCAAGGCUGUCAUUGCUGCUCAGGGAGGAAUGUCUGUGCUUCCUUGGGAUGGGGGACUAAAAAGGAAAAAGGUCAAAGAGUCUUUCAAGGAAGAGCAACAGAAAAAAUAUUGCCAGAUAGUAAUAGAAAAUGGAUCUGUGGGAAACGGAAAUGUUUGUUAAAUGGUAUUUAUUUUCCAUGACUUACCACCACCGGAAAAGAGACUGGUUUUUAUAUGAAACCAAAUAUGUUUUCCUUCUGUUCCUGUAAGAUAUUUUGCAUAUGACACAGCAGGGAAACCAUACAGAGAUAUCCUUAUUUGAUGCAAAAGACUCUAAUUUUAUAAAUAGGAAAAUAUACAGUCUACAUGUAAAAUUCUCUCCAAUGCUGAGUGAGAAAAAUUGGCAAUAAAAUUACUUAGGCUCAUUAAAACACCAUUUUUAAAACAUUUGCAAUACCUUGAGGAUUAAAUGGUUACCUUUUAGCUUCUAAUAAAACAGCUCUGUACUCCUAGCCUGUCUCAGUGACUUGGACUAGCAGUGUUCCUGUCAGCCACAGUAACCAUGUUGCUGUAGAGAGAGCGCUCCUCAUGUCAGGAGACAUUAGGAAGUUCACCAAAGUAUGUUUUCCAAAUUGCAUGUUGGAGAGGAAGUGUUGGAUGUCAGAGGGAAAAAACCUCUGACUUUCCCUUCCAUGUCGCAAGACCAGGGACAGCAAUGCAGAAAGUUUUCUGCUCUGACAAAGAGCAGAGCAGUGUCCAGGGCAGCAUGUCCUUGAUGCCUGGGUGUGUGAUGCUGAGGUAAAUUAGUCAUAGCCAAGGACAGCAUCAAACAAAAUAUAUUGUGGUUUUAAAUUAUAUUUUAUCUUCUGGUUUUGUUAUGUCCC